ACUGAUAUCAAAUUUCGCCAGUUUUGAUAACGAAAUUUUGAUAUUCAUUAGAAUACUUACAUAUAAAAUAAUAAAUAAAUAUAAAACGUAGUGUCAAAAAAGUAGGUAUAAUAACAACAAAACACCGAGUCUUGACUACCAAAUAGUGAAUACCGUGUUAUUCCACAAUGUCUGAAUAUGAAUCAUUCGGCGGAGGACGUUUAAAAUUGAAAAAUGAUUCUGGAAUAAAAAAGAAAAAGAAGAAGAGUAAAAAUAAAGAGAAAACCAUAGAAAAAAUGAAUAAAGGAUUAGAACAGGAAAAAGUAACCAAGGAGUACCAUGUACCUCCUACUAAGGCUGAAUUGGCCUUCAUGAAACAACAGGAAAAAUUGCAAAAAGAAAAAAUUCUGAAAAUCGCAUCAACAACACACAAACAAAGGGUCGAAGAAUUUAAUCGUCAUUUAGACAACCUAACUGAACAUUUUGACAUACCUAAAGUUAGUUGGACGAAAUAGAGAUAUUAUAUACUCUUAUAUAAUUAUUUUUGUACAUUGUAAAAAAUUUAAAUA